AUGGCCGCCGCCGCCGCCACGCCGUCGGGGCGCGGGGACCUGAUGCCGCCUCCGCUACCCGUACCGCCGACGACUGCGGCCCGUCCGCGCCGCCGCGGAAGGGAAGUCAGCUCCCGGUACCUCUCGACGCCCGUCCCCUCGACCCCGCGCCUCUCCACCGCCUCCGCGGCCUCCUCCACGCGGUCGCGCUCCCCGACGCCGUCGCCUCGUGGACGGCAGCGGGCGGCCACGCCCUUCGCCAACGAGAACCACCCGCCCCCGCCGCCGCCUCCCACGGGCACCGUCGCGCGCCGGCGGGCCGUGCAGAAGCUUUUCGACGAGACGGGCGCCGGCAACCCGCGCGCCUCGCUGGGCUCCAACUCCUCUGCCUCCGCCGUCCCAGCACCUACUCCGCGGCCGCUCCCGCGCUCCACCAGCCGGCCGGCCGCGCACACCGCGCGGAGAGGGUACCCGCGCCUUCCGACGCCCGCGCGUGCUGGCUCCUCCUGCCCUUCCUCUGCCGCGGUGGAAUCCCACGCUGCCUCGUGCUGCUCUUCGUCUGAUACGUCGUCCACGGCCACUGACUUCUCUGAGGCCGAUGUGGCGCUCGGGAUGGCCCCAGCCGCGCCGUGCGAGAGCCCGCCGCUGCUGGGCCCAGCGUCCUGCCGCGGGGGACGCCUCUCGUCAGAGCUCCGAUCGUCGGUGCCGGAGUCGGGCGGGUCCUCGCGGGCGUCCAACCCACUGUGCUACCGCUCGCUCAACUCGGCACUGUCGAUCUCAACGGCGAUGGCUGGGAAGCUGACGGCAGCAGGGAGGCCACCACAGCCGCAAGGGCCGAAGGCAGCUGAUCUGAAGAAGGCGACGAUCGUGGGGGGCAGGAAGGUCGCGGGGAAGCAGGAAGACGUGCACCAGCUGCGGCUGAUGGACAAUUCGUACCUCCAGUACAGGUUCCUCAACGCCCGGGCUGAGGCUGCAGGCAAGGCCAAGGCGGCUGCUGCAGAGAAAUCGUUGUACGGGCUCGAGGAGAAGAUUGCCAGCCUCAGCGCAUCUGUUGCUGAGAAGAGGGCAGGGGUGGAGAGGAUACAGAGGGAUCAUAGAUUGAGUUCAGUAGUAAAUGCACAGUGUGCAUUUCUUCAUAAUGGGUGCUAA